UAUUACUCCACAUAAGGCCGUUACACAGAGUAGAAGCAAGUAAACUCAAGCGAGCCUAGCUGCUCUCUUCAGGGACACAGACAGAAGACAAGUUAAAUUAACAGAAAUAUCAGAGUAAUCACAGAGCGUAAACAAUCAGACGUUGAGGCUGAGGUAGUAUUUCUUUGUCUGCUGUGUUCAAGAGAAGAGAGUUUUCAGAACCAAAAAUGGCGAUAACGCUGAACACUGGUUUCAAGAUGCCGAUAGUGGGUCUGGGUGUUUGGCGGGUGGAAGGGAAAGAAAUCAGAGAUCUCAUUAUCAACUCCAUCAACAUUGGCUAUCGCCAUUUUGAUUGUGCUGCUGAUUACAGGAAUGAAUCAGAAGUUGGGGAGGCACUUUCCGAGGCUUUUCGGACGGGGCUUGUUAAGAGAGAGGAUCUCUUUAUUACCACCAAGCUUUGGAAUUCGGACCAUGGACAUGUCAUUGAGGCCUGCAAGGACAGCCUGAAGAAGCUUCAAUUAGAUUAUCUGGAUCUUUACCUUGUUCACUUCCCCGUCGCCACGAAGCAUACCGGAGUUGGUACAACUGACAGUGCUUUAGAUGAGGAUGGGGUGCUUGACAUAGACACAACCAUAUCCUUGGAAACCACCUGGCACGCGAUGGAAGAUCUGGUGUCCUUGGGUCUAGUGCGUAGCAUCGGAAUCAGCAAUUGUGACAUCUUUCUAACCAGAGAUUGCUUGGCUUACUCCAAAGUUAAGCCUGCUGUGAACCAGAUUGAAACUCACCCUUACUUCCAGCGUGAUUCUCUGGUGAAAUUCUGUCAAAAGCAUGGUAUUUGUGUCACGGCCCACACCCCUCUCGGAGGUGCUGCUGCCAACAUCGAAUGGUUUGGCUCAGUUUCAUGCCUAGAUGAUCCUGUUCUCAAGGAUCUUGCUAAGAAAUACAACAGGACCGUGGCCCAGAUCGUUCUCCGCUGGGGCAUUCAACGGAACACGUUUGUCAUUCCAAAGUCGUCAAAAGUCGAGAGAUUGAAGGAGAACUUUGAAGUUUUCGACUUCGAGCUUACCAAAGAGGACAUGGAUUUGAUCAAAACUGUGGAUAAGAAACACCGGACCAAUCAACCUGCUAAGUUAUGGGGCAUGGACCUCUAUGCAUAAACAUGGGCAUACUUCUGUGCCUUCCCGAAUGUUUGUUAGUAAGAAUAAGAGAGUGGGGGGAGCUUUUAUGUGAGCUAUUAGGCAUUUUUUGGACCUGUCCUAUUGUCGAAGCGUUUAGACGAAAACUAAAGGCUCAUUUGAUGCAUUAAUGACGACCUGUCCUAUUAUUUACGAAAACUAAGAGAGUGGGGGGAGCUUGCAUGGUGAUUAUUAUGUCCUUUCUCAUCACUUUUUUUUUUUUUUUUUUUUUUUUUUUUGUGUGGAGAUUAUCAUUUCUCAUCACUUUUUUUCCCCCGUUUGAACUUUAUAUUCCCUGUUUGAAGUUCGGUCUCAGCUAAAACUAGAGGAUAAAUAAAUGCUCAAACCGUUUUCCCGUUUUGAUGCAUAGAAA